GACGUCGACGCGCGGGACGCGAGCAACCCCCAGGCCGUGACCGAGUACGUGAAUGACAUGCGCGCGCCAGCGUACGCGCACUUCCGCGAGAAGGAGCUGGAGACGAGCGUCAACCCGACGUACAUGAGCCGACAGGCGCACAUCAACGAGAAGAUGCGCGCGAUCCUCAUCGACUGGCUCGUCGAGGUCCACCUCAAGUUCAAGCUCGUGCCCGAGACGCUCUACCUGACGGUGAACCUCAUCGACCGCUACCUCCUCGGGUCGCCCGUCGAGCGGUCGAACCUGCAGCUCGUCGGCGUCUCCGCGCUGCUGCUCGCGUCCAAGUACGAGGAGAUCUACCCGCCGGAGCUCAAGGACCUCGUCUACAUCACGGACAAGGCCUACACGCAGGAGCAGAUCCUGUCCAUGGAGGAGAAGAUGGUCAAGGCGCUCAAGUACAAGAUGACCAUCGCGUCGAUCCACUGCUUCAUGAUGCGCUACCUCAAGGCGGGCCACGCGGACCGCCGCAUGGUCUGGCUCGCGUCGUACGUCGCCGAGCGCAUGCUCCAGGAGUACGCCAUGCUCAAAUACCUGCCGUCCAUGGUCGCGGCGUGCGCCGUCUACAUCGCGCGCAAGAACCUGGGCCGGAACGCGUGGAGCCCGACGCUGCUCCACUACGCGCAGUACACGGAGAGCUCGCUCCGCGCGUGCCUCGAGGAGAUGAGCUCGGUCAUCCACUCGACCAAGGGCAGCCUGCAGGCCGUCAAGAAGAAGUACUCCAGCGAGAAGUACGGCCAGGUCGCCCUCAUG